AUGGCUACAUUUCCUGUUGUAGACGGUGUCGAAGUCAUUCGCCUGCCGCCGGAUGGCUAUGUCGUCGACUUUGCCCACCCGCAGCAGCAGAAGGUGCUGGACCAUUACCUGGUCUUUGGGAUUGGGGGGCCCUUGGCCUUCAUCGCCCUGCUGCAGCGGUACUACACAAAGAUUUUCCUGUCAAAGGGGCUGCAGGUUGACGAUGGAUUCAUGUUUCUCGGAUGGCUAUCGUCAGUAUUGACUCAAGCAUUGAUGACGGCUUCAAUCGCACAAGGUGGCUUUUGUGCCCAUUCAUGGGAGAUGUCCUUGGCGCAUUACGAACGCUACUCUCUUAUUAGCUAUAUUGCAGCGCCGGUGUACAUGCUCUGCAAUGGCUUCACGAAACUCUCCCUCCUGUCGUUCUAUCUCCACCUCUCGCCGCAAAAGUGGUUCCGCGUCUCCGUCUGGACCAGCAUCGUCAUCGUCGCAAUCUACACAAUCGUCAUCACCUUCAUGAUGUUCUUCGUCUGCAACCCUCCUCGCAAAGCCUUCGACUUCAAGGUGGUAGGGGGUUCGUGCACCGACGCCGCGAUUUUAUACAUGGCGACCGCAGUAUCCAACAUUGUCACGGAUGUAAUACUGUUUGUGCUGCCGAUUCGCAUGAUUUAUAAGCUUCAUAUGCCCAAGAUUCAAAAAUUCGGAGCUAUCUUUGUCUUCGGAGUCGGGUCGCUUACCGUUGCGACUUCUGUUAUCCGUCUCGUUCAAUUACCCGUCGUUCUAGCCAGCACAGAUCCUUCGUGGGACGCUGCACCAGCCGAUGUCUGGACCUUUGUAGAAGCUAACCUCUUCGUCAUCUGCGGCUCCAUGCCCACGCUACGUAAGUUCUUCAAACACCUGAUGCCACGCAUCAUGGGAGGGUCGUCGGGAGCGUCCGGCUACGCAGGGUCAUACGGGCCGAAGCAACACAGUGGCACACUCAGCAGAGUUCGCAAGCCGCGAAACCAGUACUCGCAGUUUCCCGAGGAGGAUGGUACCGAAAUGCAGCGCUUUUCUGAUGACACUAAGGAUCCCACGAUGACAGUCCACGUUUCUGGAAGUGGAGAGGCAGUGCAACGGGACGAUCACAGCGACAGGGCCAUUUUACGGACGCAGAGCUUUUCAGUUCAGUAUGUUUGA